AUAUAGAUAUAUAGUCAGCACUGUAUAGAAAAACCCUUCAAUACCCAACUUUUUCAGUGCAGCCCCCCCUUUCUAAAAGCAUAACAACUUUUUCUUUUUCUCUUUUUCUUGAUUUAAAAUUCAUUUGUGGAAUCUAUUUGGCAAAUCCAGAAAAGCAAAACAAAUCCCAAAAAAAGUUCAACCCUAAAAGGAAAUCGUAGCUGUUAAUUACUGUAUAUAUACAAUACCACAAAAACCUUAGAGAGAGAGAGUUAAGUCUUUUGCUUCGGUUUUGAUCGCUGGAAACAUGGAUGAACUGUUGAAGGAUUUUGAAGUGGAGCCGAAACACUCGUCGGAGGCGGCGUUGCGGCGCUGGAGAACGCUUGUUACUAUUGUUAGGAACCGUCGCCGGAGGUUCCGUAUGAUCGCUAAUCUCGAUAAACGAUCCGAAGCCGAACAGCAAAAGCUCAAAAUCAAGGAGAAAAUUCGAGUUGCUCUUAUUGUUCAGAAAGCAGCUUUGCAGUUUAUUGAUGCUGCUGGUCCACCUGAUUACAGACUUACCGAUGAGGUUAGAGAAGCAAAUUUUGGAAUCGAACCUGAUGAACUCUCUUCUAUUGUUCAUGGCCAUAAUAUUAAGCGCUUAAAGUUGCAUGGUGGAGUUGAAGGGAUUGCUGGGAAAGUCACUACCUCCCUUGAUGAAGGUGUCCUUUCCGACGACAUAUCUACUAGGCAAAAGAUCUAUGGCUUCAACUGUUACACAGAGAAACCUCCAAGAACUUUUUGGAUGUUUGUGUGGGAUGCACUCCAAGACUUGACCCUGAUUAUCCUUAUGAUAUGUGCUGUGAUUUCUAUAGGUGUAGGACUUGCCACGGAGGGGUGGCCAAAGGGUAUGUAUGAUGGAGCGGGAAUUCUACUUAGUAUAAUCUUGGUAGUAUUAGUUACUGCUAUUAGUGACUACAGGCAGUCCUUGCAAUUCAGAGAUCUUGACAGGGAGAAAAGAAAGAUUUCUGUUCAAGUUACAAGAAACGGGCUUAGGCAGCAAGUUUCUAUUUAUGACUUGGUUGUUGGGGAUGUUGUUCAUUUAGGUAUUGGAGACCAAGUUCCAGCUGAUGGGCUGUUCAUAUCAGGAUACAGCUUGCAGAUUGAUGAAUCAAGUUUGUCGGGGGAGAGUGACCCAGUGGACAUAUAUGAACAAAAUCCUUUUCUUCUUUCAGGAACCAAAGUUAGAGAUGGGUCAGCAAAGAUGCUGGUUACAGCAGUUGGUAUGAGGACUGAAUGGGGGAAGUUGAUGGAAACUCUAAAUGAGGGGGGAGAAGAUGAGACCCCACUUCAGGUGAAAUUGAAUGGUGUUGCCACAAUUAUUGGCAAAAUUGGCUUGACUUUUGCAAUUCUCACAUUUGUAGUUUUAACGGUGAGGUUUCUCGUGGAUAAAGCACUCCAAAAUGAGUUCACAAAAUGGUCUUCAACUGAUGCAUUGACGCUUCUAGACUACUUUGCUAUUGCAGUAACUAUAAUAGUUGUUGCUGUUCCCGAAGGAUUACCAUUGGCAGUGACACUGAGCCUGGCCUUUGGAAUGAAACAGUUAAUGGAUGAAAGGGCAUUGGUAAGGCAUCUCUCUGCAUGUGAGACAAUGGGUUCCGCAAGUUGCAUCUGUACGGAUAAGACAGGGACACUAACUACAAACCAUAUGGUGGUUAAUAAGAUAUGGAUAUGUGAGAAAAUUAAAGACAAUGGUGGUAAUGAGAGCAAAAACUUUGAUGAGCUGAUGAUAUCCGAAAGGGUUUUCAGCACCCUUCUGCGUGCUAUAUUUCUAAAUAGUAGUGCUGAAGUGGUGAAGGAUGCACAGGGAAAGAACUCCCUUUUGGGAACACCAACAGAAACAGCACUGUUGGAAUUUGGGCUUCUUUUGGGUGGUGAUCAUGUUGCCCAACGAAGACAGAUUGAGAUACUUAGGGUUGAGCCUUUCAAUUCUGACAGGAAGACGAUGUCUGUAUUGGUGGCUUUUCCUGAAGGUGGGAUUCAAGCCUUUUGUAAAGGUGCGCCAGAAAUAGUAUUACGUAUGUGUGACAAGGUUGCUGAUUACACUGGAGAACCAGUUCUUCUAUCUGAAGAACGAGCAAGAAAUAUCACAGAUGUCAUAAUUGGCUUUGCCUCGGAAGCUCUAAGGACUCUAUGCCUGGCUGUUAAAGAUGUAGAUGAAACUUAUCCUGAGAGUAGCAUACCUGAUAGUGGCUAUACCUUGAUAGCAGUUGUUGGGAUCAAGGAUCCUGUGCGUCCUGGAGUCAAGGAAGCAGUUCAAACCUGUUUAGCUGCAGGAAUUACUGUUCGUAUGGUCACUGGUGAUAAUAUCCAUACAGCAAAAGCGAUAGCUAAAGAAUGUGGCAUACUAACAGCAGAUGAGAAUGCCAUAGAAGGACCAGAAUUUAGUAGCAAGUCUCUUGAUGAAAUGAGGGACAUUAUACCAAAUAUUCAGGUAAUGGCACGGUCAAAACCUUCAGAUAAGCUCAAUCUGGUAAACCAUUUGAGAAAUAUGUUUGGGGACGUUGUUGCAGUGACCGGUGAUGGGACCAAUGAUGCUCCAGCUUUGCAUCAGUCAGACAUCGGACUUGCUAUGGGGAUAGCUGGAACAGAGGUUGCCAAAGAAAAUGCUGAUGUCAUCAUAAUGGACGAUAAUUUUGCUACUAUUGUGAAUGUUGCCAAAUGGGGACGUGCAGUAUACAUUAACAUCCAAAAGUUUGUGCAGUUUCAGUUAACAGUUAAUGUUGUUGCUCUUGUAAUCAAUUUUGUUUCUGCAUUAAUCUCAGGAUCUGCCCCCCUUACAGCUGUACAAUUGCUUUGGGUUAAUAUGAUCAUGGACACUCUUGGGGCAUUGGCACUAGCUACAGAACCUCCUAAUGAUACAUUAAUGAAAAGGCCCCCAAUUCCAAGGGUUGCAAGUUUUAUUACCAGACCAAUGUGGAGAAAUAUCAUUGGUCAGAGUAUAUAUCAACUAAUUGUCCUUGGUGUUCUCAAUUUUGAUGGGAAACAGCUUCUAAGGCUUACAGGUUCAGAUGCCACCAGUGUUCUAAAUACAGUGAUAUUCAAUUCCUUUGUGUUUUGUCAGGUGUUUAAUGAAAUUAAUAGCCGUGAUAUAGAGAAGAUAAACAUAUUCCGGGGCAUGUUUAACAGCUGGAUAUUCAUAGCUGUCACGGUUUCAACAGUAGCAUUCCAAGUAGUCAUAGUUGAGUACCUUGGAACUUUUGCCAGCACUGUGCCUCUAAGUUGGCAGCUAUGGGUACUUUGCAUCUUAAUAGGGUCAGUUAGCUUGAUUGUUGCUGUUAUUCUCAAGUGCAUACCUGUUGAAAGAGCAGUUGUUAAGCCAAAGCACCAUGAUGGUUAUGAUGCACUUCCUAGUGGUCCUGGUCUAGCAUGAUUUCCCGAAAACAGACUAAAAUUUCAUUUCUGAGGCUACUUGAAUGCCAAUUGAUUUGUUGACAGGUUUUGCUUUUGGAAUUGCUGAUUUUGUUUUUCUUCUUUAUAUCCACAUUGAACCCCGGAGUUAAUAAGGAUAUUUUGGAAAUACUACUGGAGAGACCUUAACUUUUAGGCACACACUACGCCUCAUCUGACUUCUGACUUAGAAAAAUUUAGGAUCGAGGUUAAUUUUGGACAUGAAAGGAGUACUUUUGAAACAUGGUUUGCAGCCAUGUUAAUUUUCUCCUGUGGUUCGCAACCAAUGAAAUUCCAGCCCGUAAUUUUUGCUGAUCUUUAUGUUCAAUAGCAUCAUUAUGGCAGGUAUCUUAUGUCCAAUAGCAUCAUUAUGGUUGAGCUUCGAGCUUUUUAGAACCCUAGUCUGGGGAGAGUGGCAUUUAUAUCAGUAUUAAUUCAAGGUCUUUGUUGCAAACUAUGUAUUGAGGCAUAAUUGUUUGUAUCUGUGUUCUUUUUGUAUUGCUUUGGCAAAGUAUUAUUGACUUUCGUUACUGGUGGAAUGUGAAUGUACAAGGAAAUGAAGCCUUCUUUUUAGA